AUCUCCGUAUGGUCGCUUUGCUUCUCUUCGACAUUGGUAUUCACGGUCCGAACAAACUUCUGAGGCGGCGGAGGCCCGUCUUUUAAGUCGUCUCCAAUUUUUUUCAGUCGGAGGAAAGACGAUCGCCACUCCCGGAGAAUCAAAGACAGUUGCCCGAGUUGGAUUGGUUGAUCUGGAUGGGGAUGGCGUUAGAAAAAUUAAUACUUUGGUCAUUGAUCAAGUCGGCAAUGACUUUGAUGUUACUGAUCACAAAAUGACCAGAUCAGAAUAUAUUACUAAUAAUAAGCUUGGGUUUAACCCUGAGUCGCAAACUAAAGUUUCUGUCCAAUCGGGCACAACAACUACCGUCGAUAUUCCACCGAAGAAACAUAAUCUAGAUUCACUCGAGAAAUGGAGGCAGGUACAGAAAAUCGAGAAAAUGACAUUACUUGGUCAUUCUCUUGGAGGUUAUUUCGCUGCCGUAUACGCUUUAAAGUAUCCUCAAUAUGUGGAGCGUUUAAUUUUGGUGUCUCCUGCUGGAAUUCCGCCUAAUCCCUAUGAAAAUAAUAAAGAUUUGAAAAAUAGCACUGGCCGUACAAUACCUCGAUGGGUGAUAAAACUAUGGGAGGCUAACUUUACACCACAAUUAAUUAUGAGAUUGACGGGGCCUUUUGGUCCAUCAUUAGUCUCUCAAUAUACGUCCCGUCGAUUUGCUCAUCUCGACGAGCAAGAUCGGAUUGACUUGCAUGAUUAUCUUUAUCAUAUUUCUGCUGCACCUGGCAGUGGGGAAUAUGCUAUGUCGAGAAUUCUUGCACCAGGAGCCUAUGCGCGAAAGCCGCUGAUGAACCGAUUAGAAAAUUUGAAGAUGCCAACCGUUUUUAUGUAUGGAGAAGAAGAUUGGAUGGAUUAUCGUGCCGCUGAGGAAGCUCGUACAAAGAUGCAUGUUCCAACGGAAGUAAUUCGAAUCCCUAAUGCCGGUCAUCAUCUAUAUCUUGACAAUCCUGUUGAAUUCGAUAAAGCAGUAAUAUCCAUUAUGUUAGAGGUUGAGAAUUGA